AGAGAAAGAGAGAGAGAGAGAGAAAGAGAGAAAGCGAGAAAGACCAGAAAAACAAGAGAAGCAUGCCUGCAGGAGCUGAAUUGGAAGUUUGUGCCUUGUUUUCGGUGUUAGAAUCGUGACUUUUUUUAAUUCCCUGAGAUAUGACUAAACAGGAGCGUCUUUAGCAGUUGAACUUUUUUUAUAAUCUCAAUUCUGUCACAAGAUAAGUCGCUCCAACCUGGUCCGCUAUGAGCGCGUCUGCAGGGACUGGAGUGUUUGUGCUCUCCUUGAUGUCCAUCCCCAUCUGCUAUUUAUUUAAUUCCCUCAUUUACAGCAACAGUGCUGAAGCUUUCUUCUUCGCUGGGUGUUCAACAGUCCUCAUCCUGGCCAUUUCAGCUCGUUUUAUACUCAAGAAGAAGGCUCCAGUAGAUCCUCUUUUCUAUGUGUAUGCAGUGUACACAUUCCUCAGUGUGGUGAACCUGAUCAUUGGGCUGGAACAGGACAACAUCAUUGAUGGAUUUGUGACGUUUUACCUCAGAGAGGCAGAUCCACAUAUUAACACAGCACAUGGACACAUGAUCUCCUAUUGGGAUGGCUGUGUGCAUUAUCUCAUCUAUCUGCUAAUGAUUACUGCAAUUACUUGGGGGGACAGUUACAGAGCCAUUGGACUCUACUGGGUGGGAUCUUUUCUCAUGCGUGCCAUAGUCUACAUUCUUGGGAAUGCUGUGGGGAAAUAUGGGACCCAUGUUAGUCCUCUCUUCCUCCUCCACAUGCUAUAUAUCUCAGUGUCUGUCUGGGCCUGCUUCCGCACCUUCAGCCAGCCCUCCACACGGGAUGCUCAGUUUCCUAGCAUCCAGGAGGUAGAAAGAAAAUGUUUACUCCACAGACCUCUGGACCUACUGUUCGUCAUCUACCUCAUCCUUGCUUUUGCUUUUUGUGUUUUCAGAGGCCUGGUUGUUCUGGACUGUUCCAGCAAAUGGUGUCAAGUCUACACCCAGCAGUAUGAGCCUUACCUAAAAGACCCUUCAGCCUAUCCUAAAGUACAGAUGUUGCUGAGCAUGCUGUACUCUGGACCAUACUACAUCAUUACUCUCUAUGGGCUGAUGGUCCCGGGAUGUGAGUGGAUGCCGGAUCUGACUCUUGUACACUCUGGAGCACUGGCACAGGCCCAGUUCACUCAUAUCGGUGCAUCACUUCACACACGGACGCCGUUUUCCUACAGAGUGCCUGCUCAUAGCCAGCCUGUCUUCUUGCUGGUCAAUGUCCUGUAUGCUGUAGUGCCUCAGGCUCUGUGCUACCGCUGCUGCUCCAGGCCUGCCUUCUUUCUCAGGCCAACGCCAGAAAAGAAGACUGAAUAAAGAGAGUGAGAGAGAAAGAGAGAGAGAGAAAGAGUGCCAGGAAUGUCAAGGAUGCCUAAAUAAAAAGUUGUAGUACUUGCAAAGUACUGCUCUGUGUUUGCAGUUA